UAAUGAGGAGCAGUCAGACUGGAGGGAGGAGGAGGAGCAGGAGAGUGAGACAACUCAGGUGUUCCUCUCACUUCCACAGAACAAAGAACACCAGCAGGAGAACUGGACCUUACACUGGACUUAACUCUGGAUUUCAAUCUGGACCUGGGCAGAAGAACUGGAUGCUGAUUGGUUUAGGAGCCGCUGUGAUUUAGUUUUGUCGCUUCGUGUUUGUUGUGGACUUUGAUGACACGACACAGAUGUGAACGGGCUGAGACGUGAAGGUCAGUGAUCAGGUCAGUGAGCUCUGAACCCAAAGCUGAACCUGCUGCUGCCGCCUUUUACUGAAGUCCUGAAGUUAUUGCUGGUGUGGUUGUUAAUGGACAGGAGUGAUGGGCUGUCUGGGAGGAAAGACAGAAGAAGAACGUCUGGCUGAAAAGGCAAACAGAGAAGCAAACAAGAAGAUCGAGAGACAGUUACAGAAGGAGAGACAGGCCUACAAAGCUACACAUAGACUUCUGCUGCUGGGUGCAGGAGAAUCUGGUAAAAGCACCAUUGUGAAGCAGAUGAGGAUUCUUCACGUUGAUGGAUUCAACGAUGAGGAAAAACAGGAGAAGGCUCAAGACAUCAGGAAAAAUGUGAAAGAUGCCAUUGUGACCAUCGUGUCAGCCAUGAGCACACUGAUUCCACCUAUUCCCGUUGGUAACCCUGGCAACCAGUUCAGAGUUGACUACAUCAGGAGCAUCGCGCCGCUGUCUGAUUUUGAAUACACAGAGGAGUUCUUCGAGCAUACUCACCAGCUCUGGGAGGACAGUGGCAUUAAAGCGUGUUUCGAGCGCGCCAACGAAUAUCAACUGAUUGACUGUGCUCAAUAUUUCCUGGACAGGUUAGACUUUGUUAGGAGGUCGGACUACACACCAACCGACCAGGAUUUGCUGCGUUGCAGGGUUUUGACGUCUGGUAUUUUUGAGACUAGGUUUCAGGUGGACAAGGUCAACUUCCACAUGUUCGAUGUAGGCGGACAGAGGGACGAACGCAGGAAGUGGAUCCAGUGCUUUAAUGAUGUUACAGCCAUCAUCUUUGUGGCGGCUAGCAGCAGCUACAACAUGGUCAUCAGAGAAGACAACUCCACAAAUCGCCUUCGAGAAUCUCUAGAUCUGUUCAGGUCUAUCUGGACCAACAGGUUUCUGAAGACCAUCUCAGUGAUUUUGUUCCUGAAUAAACAGGACGUCCUGGCUGAUAAGAUUCUGGCAGGAAAAUCCAAAUUAGAGGAUUACUUUCCAGAAUACACCAAUUACCAAGUUCCUACAGAUGCUGUCCCAGACGCCGAUGAAGAUCCUAAAGUGACUCGAGCCAAGUUCUUCAUCAGAGAUGAGUUCCUGAGGAUCAGCACAGCAAGUGGCGACAGCAAACAUCACUGUUACCCUCACUUCACCUGUGCUGUCGACACUGAGAACAUUCGCCGUGUUUUCAACGACUGUCGUGACAUCAUACAGCGCAUGCACCUGCGACAGUACGAGCUGCUGUGAUUGGUUGCUCCACAGUCACCUGACAACGGAUGGACAGCAACUCCUGUAGAAGCUAUUCCAAUAUCACAUCGAUGGUUACAUAUGGUCAACACUGAUAGAUAAAUAUCUUUAUCAAAUAUAUACUCUGGGGUUUCUGGGUAGUGUAGUCCUUGAUGUCCAAUCCCCAGCACUAGCAUUGGCAGUCCUGCUGUUAAUCCUGGGGAUUAUAGCUUAGAAAAUAAGUUUAGAAAUGAAAAAAAAAAAAGAAUCCACAAAGCUAAGUUUAUUUUUUCAUGUUUCUUGCCUUUAAAGAUGUUAUCCAAUCAUGGAAUGGCUUUUAUAUUGUGAUAUAUCUGCCUGGGUUUCUACCUUGUGCCUCCCGGUUCAAUAAAAACAUUCUGCCUUUUAUAGCACAUUUUUGUUUCCAAGUGAAUUUCCCAAAUUUAAUUGUGAACCAUAAUUUUACCUCUGUGUUUUACACAACAAAGUUCAGGAAAAAACUGUUGUUUUUAGCUCAUAGGAAUACAGGAGCAGCU